CUGCGAACAUUAUCCAAACCAUUCUGCCUCAACCCCAAAAUUUUCCUACCAUGAGAUGCAUCCAUUUUCCCUCUUCCUUGCAUUCAUACCUCAAACACAACCAGGAUUUGAAAGCAAGAGAUUGGCGUUGGCUCUAUAGAAAUGAAGCCAUGAGGCUUGAUGUUAUGCAUAGAGCAAAGGUUCCUUCAUUCGUGCACUUGAGGACUAAAGCCAUCACCAAUUCUGUAGUCAUUGGGGUUACUUCUCCAGCCAAGUCCGGUGAUAUUACAGUCCUCAUCCAAACAAGUGUGUUGCUUUUGGGAAUGUACUUCAUAGCAAACUUUGUGGCUCCGUAUUUCAUAUCCAAGUAUUAUGGAUUUGAUAAAGAGAAGAACGCUAAUGAGGAAGACACUCCCUCGUGAGAUGAAGAUGGCAGACUAAGUUCAGAAAUGAAGGCACACAGGAAGGUUCAACAGCACAAAUAUACCUGGAAGUGUCUAUGGUAUCUUUUAUCAUUGAAUAAAUAACAUCUAGAGAAAUAACAUUGCUGCAUUCUUCAACUAUUGCAAAAUCCUGAUCUACACUUUUGUAUCUUCAUUCUGCAAUAGAGGACUAGAGUGUUUUGUAAAACCGACUUCAUCACAAUUCAAAGAAACAGAAAAUCAAAUUCUUGAAGAACA